GAUAUGAUUAUUCUUUUAUAUUCUGUGGUUGGUAGACAUGGCUAUCUCAAAGUUAAUAUUUUGGUUUUCUUUUUUGUAAUUCCAGCUGUCAAUUUCUUAAAAUAGAGUACAAUUUUAAGGGAGUCGAGUUGUUUGAGCUUGUUUUAAAAGAAUAAAUGAAAAACCUAGGUGUUUUGUAACAAUGACAUACUACCUGCAUAUCAGCUCACACAAAUUACCUCGCAGCGAUUAAGUUUAAGUUGACUGUGAAAUAUGGAUAUGAUGUUUGAGGCAUAUCUGACACAUGAAUCAAGUCAUCUGGAACCAGAUGAUAUUCCAUUUACCAGAGACCCAGUGUGGAUCCUUGGAAAGAAAUAUAAUGCUAUACAUGACCUGGAGGCCAUCCGCCGAGACAUCCGCUCGAAGCUGUGGUUCACGUACCGCCGUGGCUUCGUGCCGAUCGGGGACACGAACCACACCACGGACAAGGGCUGGGGCUGCAUGCUGCGUUGCGGCCAGAUGGUGUUAGCCCAGGCUCUGGUGCAGCUGCACCUGGGACGAAAGUGGACAUGGCACAUAGAGACGAGAAACUCUGCUUACCUGAAGAUACUGCACAUGUUUGAAGACCGUCGCGGGGCUCCGUACUCCAUCCACCAGAUAGCUCUGAUGGGGGCGUCCGAGAGGAAGGAGGUGGGCCAGUGGUUCGGGCCGAACACUGUCCUGCAAGUGUUGAAGAAGCUAUCCGUCUAUGAUGAGUGGAGCUCGCUCGUCAUACACGUGGCUCUGGACAACUGUGUCGUGAUGAACGAAGUCAAGCAGCUGUGCAAAUCACAGAGGCUGCCACUGGACCCUGCGUACCUGCAGUGCACGGGGCAGUCCUUGGACUCGCUCCAGCCAGGCGUGUGGAGGCCCCUGCUGCUAGUGGUGCCGCUGCGACUGGGGCUCAGCGAGAUCAACCCCAUCUACAUGCAGGGACUCAAGACGUGCUUCAUGUUCGAGCAGUCACUAGGAGUUAUUGGAGGAAAACCAAAUCAUGCCUUGUACUUCAUUGGUUGUGUUGGGAGCGAGGUGGUGUACCUGGACCCGCACACGACGCAGCCGGCCGGCCUCGUCGAGGAGAAGGAGCAGGAGCACGAGAAGGCGGUGGAUGCCACCUACCACUGCCAGUACGCCAGCAGGAUGCACAUCCUGCAGAUGGACCCGUCUGUGGCCGUCUGCUUCUUCUGCCGCACGGAGAAGGAGUUUGACGAGCUGUGCCGGCUGAUCCAGGAGCGACUGGUGGGGCCUGAGAAGCAGCCCCUGUUCGAGCUGAGCAGGGAUCGUCCUCAGCAGUGGUCUCCGGUCCAAGAAGGUGCAGAGGAGGCGCUGGGAGCCACUGCUUGCCUCCCUGUUGAUGAUGUGCAGCGCCAGUUUGACGAUUCGGAUGAAGACUUUGAAAUAUUAGGUUAAGAUUUUGAAGAUGAAGACAAUACUCAGCAUUUACUAUGUGGUAAAUUGUGUUACGCCUCUUGCAGUUUGUGGAAUUUUUUUUUACCUUCAGUGCGGAUAACGUUUGGAAGAGACUAGUAAUAUAAUAUGUGAUAACGUGUUAUGUUUUAUUUCAGUGCCUGUAGUUUUACAUGGCGGCAGUGUAAGUAUGUGUGUAAAGUUUUAUUUUAACGUGUGUUAUGUGUACAUAUUUUACAUUUCUCAGUGCUGUGAAAAGCACUAAAACUACUAGUGUUGGGUUGAUUCCAAUUUCUGUUCUCAAGUUGUGUUCAAAUUUUAUUCCUCAUUUUUUAAGACAAAGCUUACAAAACCCAUGUACAAAAACCUGUUACAUAUUUUGAAAAUGUAAUAAUGUACGAUUAUGUUUAUGAAUCUACAGUGAUAAUAAAUACAUAUAUCAUUACCAUUA